GAGACAGACAAAUAUGUGUAGAGUACAGAGAGAAAGUGUUUAGUGAGAGAGAGAGCGAGAGAGAGGCGGAGCAGAGGAGGUGAAGAAGAAGAAGAAGAAGAAGAAGAAGGGCCUCGGCGAGUGGGGCAUGGAAGGGCUGGCCAUGCUGAGGCAGCUUAUCGGUCAAGUUCAAGAGCUCUUUGAACUCUACGGUUCUCCUCCUCUUCACUAUCUUCAUCUUCAACCUCACACUCAACUACUUCCACCACCACCACCACCACCGCCGCCGCCGCCGCACCAGCAGCAGCAACAACAACAACAACAACAACACCAACAACACAGAUGGUGCUUCUUCAAUCUUGAUGAUAACCCUGCAGAAGACGGUUAUUACAGUUUCAUAAUGAGGGCUGAAAAAUCCAAAACUUUCAAGAUGCUAGAACCUGGCAAGCCUCCACCUGCAAAGAGAUCUCGGAAAGAGCGGAAUCGGGAUAGAUUACCCGAUUCUACUAGUUAUACUGAAAACAUGGAACAGCCAAUCUGGAAAGAAUUUCCCGAAGACCUUUUCGAAGCUGUCAUUGCAAGACUCCCCAUCACCACAUUCUUCCGCUUCCGCUCAGUUUGUAGGAAGUGGAACUCUUUGCUGACCUCUCACAGUUUCUCCCAACAAUGUGCACAAGUCCCACAAGGCCAGCCUUGGUUUUACACCAUCACCCACGAAAAUGUGAAUACUGGAGCCAUGUAUGACCCAUCCUUGAAAAAAUGGCACCACCCUAUAAUCCCGGCAUUGCCAACAAAGGUAAUUGUCUUGCCAGUGGCUUCAGCUGGGGGUCUUGUAUGCUUUCUCGAUAUUGGCCAUAGGAGCUUCUAUGUAUGCAACCCUCUUACUCAAUCUUUCAAGGAACUUCCAUCUAGGUCAGUUAAGGUCUGGUCUCGAGUCGCUGUAGGGAUGACUUUGAAUCGGGAAUCGACAAGUGGCGGCUACAAGAUCCUCUGGGUAGGUUCUGAUGGUGAGUACGAAGUUUAUGACUCGAUAAAAAACUCUUGGGCCCAUCCCGGAACCAUGCCUUUCACUGUUAAUCUGCCGUUGUCACUGAACUUCAGGUCCCAAGCGGUGUCCAUUGAUGGCAUGCUUUACUUCAUGCGUUCAGACCCUGAGGGGAUUGUGUCCUACGAUAUGGAUACUGGAAUUUGGAAGCAGUUUGCAAUUCCAGCUCCACUACAUCUGAGCGAUCAGACACUCGCAGAAUGUGGGGGGCGAAUCAUGCUGGUGGGGUUGCUGACAAAGAAUGCUGCCACAUGCGUGUGCAUAUGGGAGCUGCAGAAGAUGACUCUACUGUGGAAGGAGGUUGACAGAAUGCCAAACAUAUGGUGCUUGGAGUUUUACGGAAAGCACGUUCGAAUGAUUUGCUUGGGUAACAAAGGUUUACUCAUGUUGUCGUUGAGAUCAAGACAAAUGAACCGAUUGGUUGCAUACGAUAUGUUGAGUGGGGAAUGGAUGAAGGUUCCCGGCUGUAUGGUGCCACGUGGGAGGAAGCGUCAGUGGAUCGCUUGUGGCACCGCAUUUCAUCCUUGCCUGACAGCUUCAGCUUGAUUCAGCAAUUACCCUUGUUUCUGGUAUGGCUUUAUGCUUAAUUGGCUGUGCAAGCUUUUGCUAGUACGUUGUCUGCAGCCCAAGUUUAUUCUAUGAUGAUGAAGUAAAUGAUCCUAGGGAAGACUAUGAAAUCUAUGAUGAUAAUGUUUCCUUCUUUGUACAAAUAUUUAAGCGUGAACUUUAAUUUCAGAAAACAAAAUGCUUCCAA